AUGGAAUAUUGGCUAAUGAUCGAUGACAUAGACGGAAAGAGUGGAAUGCGUGCUGCUCGAAAAAGUCGGAUGCCAAUCGGUCCUGUUCGCUUAAGCAGUAAUUAUGUGGACAGGAGUUGUUAUAUCAAAUCAUGUUUGGAUGGUCCUGAGCCUAUAGAACAAAAAUCGACGGAUAACAUACAAGUAAUCAAUGACACCACUAGAUUCGCAUUGUCAAUAGACGUCUCUUUGUACAAACCGGAAGAACUCCGGGUUCACCUCACCGGUCGAGACCUCAUCAUUGAAGGAAAUCAGGAAAAGCCUGGUGGCGCUGGAUACAUCCAAAGAUCAUUCUUGCGCAGAUGGACUCUACCUGAUGAAGUGGACUUAGACGCAAUAGACAUAAGUCUUAACGAAUUUGGAUGCCUAUCGGUUGAUGCAGCAAAAACCGGCCUCCAUAUGAUGAGAAGAGAACUGCCGAUCAGGAUUUAUUCAAGAAGUCAACAGUCAGGCAGUGAUUUACCCAGUCUUUAUCCAGCUGGUAACUUUAGAAUUUGA